AUAAAAGUCCACUUGCCUCUGCUUUGAAACCAUCUCUACAGAUAACGCAAGUUGUUUUUUUUACGUGCAAAUACUGUAAAAUAACCUAAGUCAAAAUGUUGGCUCCAUCUGCUCAUUAUGUUGUGAAAGACAGACUUUUCAUUCCUUCAGUCUAAGCUGAACAUGUUUAUGUCAAUCAGGCAUGUUAUGAGAACAAGAAAGAUUUAUUACAGGCCUCUGCAGGAAAAACCAUGCCACCUGGAACCUAACGCAGUGAUUCCAGCUGAUUCCUUCAUUUGAACCGUUAAGGGCGUUAUGUGACUGCCUCCACACAUUUUUAUGUACCGCAGCCUGCCAAUAGGAUUCAAGUGUGAGUUGUGUCGGGAGGGGAGUAGAAGCGUGGAGUUGAUAAACACUUCGGAGCGUGUUCAGGCAAGACGCAGCGCCUAACUUUGCCUUUUCUUCUCCCUCACUCUGUAAGCAAACCUCAGAGCACCUCUAAUUGCUCCAAGUGCCUGACGUCUUGAACCGUUCUCUGUUUUUACCUCCACAAUGGAUCAGAAGUAGACGUGUGACGAGUGGAGUUAAAUGAGGAUGCAGGACAAGGUCAAUGGGGGUUCACAGGUGAAGUCAGUGGGAGAGAUCAGUGAUGGACGUGUGCAGCAGCCUCAAGCAUUUUCAGUGCAAAGUCCCGGUUUUCUGUCUUUCCCAGAGGAGAGGGAAGCAGUGCAGAGGAGAACCUUCAUCAGGUGGAUGAAUGUGUUUCUGCGGAGACGUGAUCCUCCGGUUGAAGUGCACAACCUGUUCACGGACAUUCAGGAUGGCCGAAUACUAAUGGCUCUGCUGGAGGAGCUGUCUGGCUGCAAACUGCUUUACAGGUUUCGGUCGUCUUCUCACCGCAUUUUCAGACUGAACAACAUUUCCCAGGCCCUGGCUUUCCUGGAUGAUAGACACGUGAAGCUGCUUGGCAUCGAUGCCUCUAGUGUCGCUGAUGGGAUCCCCUCUGUUGUUCUUAACCUUAUCUGGAACAUGAUCCUGUAUUUCCAGGUAAAGGAGGUGACAAGAGGCCUCCAGAGGCAUUUGUCUUCCAGCCUCUCUUCCUUAUCAAUGAGCAGUUGCCCCUCCUCCAGCGACCUCUCACCCCAGCCAAAUGACAUUGGCAGCUACUCCUGCAGCACCCUGCCAAGCAAAGGCAGAAAGGCUGCCAGAGAGCCAAAGUACCACGGGAAAGCAAUCAAGACUCUCCUGCAGUGGGUCCAAGGAUGCACAUCAAAGUUUGGGGUGGAGGUGCAAGACUUUGGGAAGAGCUGGAGGAGUGGGCUGGCGUUCCUAGCUUUGAUCAAGUCCAUAAACCCAGCCUUGGUUGACCUGAGGGAGAGCCUGUCCAGAGAGCCAAGAGAAAACAUUCAGCAGGCCUUCAUGAUAGCCCAUCAGAGUUUGGAUAUACCCCCUCUGCUGGAGCCUGAAGAUGUGUCAGGCACUUCACCAGAUGAGCAGUCCAUCAUCACCUAUGUGUCUAUGUUCCUGGGACAUUGUUCAGGCACAGAUGAGGAUCAUACAACAUAUAUUGAAGUUCCUGAGAUCCCAAAUUUUGGAUCACUUGAGUCAGUGAGCUUUGGAGAGAUCCUCGCCGAUGACCCAGAAGCCCAAGCUUUGGUCCAAGGCUUGGAGAAGAGUAGUGAGCAGAGACUGUGGAAACGGUGGGCCAGAAGAUCCCCAGGGAGCCCCCAGGCCACGUCACCAUUCAACAAAAAGAAAAGCAGGUGUCGAAGCAAUUUUCAGCCACCCAGUCCACUGAACGCAGGCAUAGCCAGCCAGGAGAUCCAGUCAUGGAUGGAGAAAGCGUCGGCGGAUCAGAACUACAGCAAGCCGAGAGUGGAUGAAAGUCACUUUUCUUUGAGCUCAGAGGAAGGAAUCUACACAUUGCCAGCGCUGGACUCGGACGAGGAGGAUGCCUACAGCUACAUCCUGGAUCUGAAUAAAGAUGUUUUUCAACCACAUAAUCAGAUGAAAAGACAAGUGCUAAGGGUUGAAGAGGAAACAGAGGAAGAAAUAUUCCUGAACAGACAGCAGACUGAAGAGUCCAAACAUCUGGAAGUAUGUAAGAAGACGUUAAACGGCGCUGGAUGGAAACAUCAAGAAGGCUCACGUGCAAAUGUUGAUUCAGAAGUCAGGGCUCGGUCAGUGGUUCAUAGGACGUUUGAUUGGGACAAAAAUGAAAGUAGUUCCAGAGAGACGGAAAACAGUAUAGCUGUGUUUGAGCCAGAGGAAGACAGCAGAAACAGAGAGGAACCUGGAGAUGAGAAUGUUGUUAGAGAAGAUUUUGAUGAUUAUUGUGAGGAAGAGAGGAAGAAGGAGAGGACAGAAAAUGGAUGUGAUACAAGCGAGGCUCUGGUAGAUGAAACCAAGAACACAAAGCUUUUUGAAGUGGCUAGUUGGAAGACAAAUGUUGAGAAAGAGACUGAAAGAGGGCUUUUUGAGAAAUGUGGACAAGUGAGUGAAAAGAGAGUGGUUGACGAGGAAGACACUGUGACGACAUUUGAGGAAGGGCAGGACAGAAAGUCAGGGCAAGGAAAAGACGAAGAGGAUAAGGAGGACGAGAGGGAAAAUCAGCAAAAUGUUGUGAAUUUAGAAAGUUUCAAGGUAAAUGAAAUAAUAUUAACUGAGGAAGUUGGAGGAGUCGGUGCAACUGGAAUUAACACAACAGAAGAAAAUGACGGGAAAGACAAUGCCCCAAAAAUUGAAGAUUUAACUUGUAAAGAUGAAGACAAGGAAGAAUCCAGUGAUGAAGUAAUGAAUUCAAUGGAUUUUGAGGAGAAAGACGGGGACUUUAAGAUUAAGAGACAUGAACUCUCUGAGAAGAAGGCAACAAUAGACCAUCCUGGUAUAACUGCCCCAAAAAAUGACACUAAUGGAGGUGUUAAUAUCCUUGGUGGUGACAGAUGGACUCCUGCCUGUGCUGCAACUUCUCAGUCAUUCAGAGAGGGAGGAUUCAUUCUUCAAUCUUCAGCAGCCUCUUGUGACAUAACCCCAUUAGAGCUGGAAAUGCUCUUGGUCCUGUGGAUCCUGCUCUACUGCUGCUUCAUCCUACCUCAGAUGAACUGCUGAGUCCCCCUGCAGUGCACCUUUCUUAUUAAAGGUCCCAUAUCGUG